AUGUUGGCCGAUUUUCUGGAGAAUAGGGUGGCGCAUACGGAUUUCCAUGUUGACAGAUUGCUUUACAAGAGAAGAACUGCUCUGGAAUGUUUGGUAGGCGAUAAGACACGACACAACUCCAGGGAAAAAUCUAUGAUGUGCCUUCUCCUAAAACAUGGUGCUAGCCCUUUGAAGAGACAAAGAUACGGUAAAACCAACAAAACCAUUAUUCACAGGAUUUUACGGAACGAGGAUUCUUCCUUAAUCAUCGAGUUUUUGAAAUAUGUGGAGGACAUCAACAUGAUCCAUGGCAAAAGAACUGCGUUGCAUAUAGCUGUUAAAAGACAGUUAAAAGAUGUGGUAGAAUAUAUAGUUGGGCGAAAUGCAGAUGUGAAUAAAAAAUCUCGUAGCGGGUUGACACCUUUACAUGAGUCGAUAAGCAGUAAAAGUGUGGAUAUGAUGAAAAUACUUCUAGAGAGCGGAGCAGAUAUGGAGAUCAAAAGUGAAGCAGGACAAACACCACUUCAUUUUGCUCUAGAAUACAAAAAUAUUGAUCAAAUCAGGACAUUGAUCAUGAACGGUGCCAACGUAAAUUCGACAGAUAAUUUGGGAGGAACUCCUUUACACGCUCUCUGCUCUAGAGGCUCAUUCGAUUUCGAAUUAUAUGAGCUUCUCCUACAGAAUUGUAACGUUAAUGUGAAAGACCCGUGGGGAGCCACACCGUUGCAUUAUUUGAUGAGAUUUUUACCAGUAGAUUCAUCAUCAGAGAAAAGAAAAUUGAUAAAUUUAUUUCUAAAAUAUGGCGGGGAUUUACUGGAAUCAUACAACUUGUUCGGUACAGUAUUACAUGCUGCAGCCUCUUUUAACCAUUCUGUUCCUUUUUUAACGUUCUUGAUAGACAAAAUGGCAGAUAGGAACAUUGUGGAUAUAGGAACCGUAACAUUCAUGCAUUGCAUAUACUGGAGGAGCGGCGAACCUAAAGUUGAAGAACUCCUGAAGUUUUUGUCUGUUCGGGAAUGUGAGGGCAAAUUUCAAUUUACCGAUAAUCUAUUGAGCUUCAUUGAGUCAUACGAACAAUUCAUCGAAUUCCAGAAGAUAUGUAAAACCGAGUUACGCAUUCUCAAGGAACAAAAAUUGAGAGAUAACGAUCCUUUUUCCUUGUUCACAGUGUUGACAACAAAUGAGAGGGAUUUAGCGAAAAUUUAUCGUUAUGAACCUUCAAUAACCACUGGAAUCACUGAUUUUGAAACGAAAAAGUUUCCAAUUUAUGGGAAUGAUUUGGUUACAAAUCAUCAAAAUGCUAUAGCGAUACUUGAAGCAGAAACUUCAAUAUGUGAUUUCCUUACUAAAACUAGUGAUAAUGUUUUGGAUCGAUAUUCAAUUUAUGAAAUCAUAAAACUCAUAUCAACCAGGGACAUAGUCAAACAAAACGCUAAACUUAUGGCCACAUUACAUCAAAAGAAGAAAUAUGUCAUCCACUACAGAAAUCUGAAGCAAGCAUUGAAGAAUGGAUUGAUUAUAACAAAAAUACAUCGAGUGCUCAAGUUCAAGCAAUCUACAUGGCUCAAGUCUUACAUCGACCUCAAUACGGAUCUGAGAAAGAAUGCCAAAAAUGAGUUCGAGAAGAAUAUCUUUAAACUGAUGAACAACGCUGUUUUUGGAAAAACGAUGGAGAAUGUUCGGAAAAGGGUUAAUGUCCACCUUCUGACAAAAUGGAAAGGAAGAUAUGGGAUGGAAACUUAUAUCUCCAAACCUGAAUUCAAGAACUGUGUUAUUUUCAAUGAGAACUUGGUAGCUGUUGAAAUGCAAAAGCUGCAGAUCUAUUUAAACAAGCCAAUUUAUGUGGGAAUGAGUAUCUUGGAUUUGGCUAAAACUACUAUUUAUGACUUCCAUUACCACUACAUGAAUGAAGCUUUCAGUGCUGGCUAUUAUCCCAAGAAUAAUACUUACGGUAUUCCUCAAGUUAAUAAAAAGGUAUUAGGAAUGAUGAAGGAUGAAAACAAUGCAAUACCUAUGACCGAUUAUGUUGGUCUCAGGUCUAAACUAUAUGCAGCGAAAACUGAUGAUCUCAAUAUGAAAAGACAACAAUGGGUGGAAGAAGAGUAUGAAGCGGAUGAAAUUGAAUCCAUGUGUCGAAAUUAUGGUACCACUAAGAAAACUAAGGAUUCUGCAUUGAUCAUCGAGUUUCUAAAACAUGUAAAGGACAAUGAGGACAUCAACAGGAUUCAUGGCAAUUCUACUGCGUUGUAUAUAGCUGUUAAAAGAAAAUUGAAAGACGUAGUGCAGUACAUUGUUGGGAGAAAUGCAGAUAUGAAUAAAAAGUCUUAUAACGGAAGUACACCUUUGCAUGAAUCGGUCAAAACUAAAAGUGUUGAUAUAACAAAAAUCCUUCUACAAAAUGGGGCGGACAUCGAAGUAAAAAAUGAAGCAGGCCAAACACCAUUACAUUUGGCUGUUCAAUACAAUAAUCUUGAUUAA